AUGGAUUCCUUACAGGCGGCAGCCGGCGGCAACAGCAUCAUGACCUCACAGUCAACUGACCAAUCGCCGAUGGAUUCCUCGGCCACCACCGCCGGUGCCCCAAUCGACGAUCCCAAGCAGAACUUGACUCAGGUUAUAAAUUCGAUCCAGAAAACUCUCGGCAUCCUUCACCAGCUGUACCUAACCGUAUCCUCGUACAACGUGGCCGCCCAACUCCCCCUUCUGCAGCGCAUGAAUAACUUGGUACUUGAGUUGGAUAAUAUGACAAGAUUAGCGGAGAAGUGUAAUAUACAGGUUCCGAUGGAGGUUCUUAAUUUGAUUGAUGAUGGGAAGAACCCUGAUGAAUUUACACGGGAUAUGUUGAAUGGUUGUAUUGCAAAGAAUCAGAUCACAAAGGGGAAAACAGAUACCUUCAAGAGCUUGCGCAAACAUCUUCUUGAAGAACUGGAGCAAGCGUUUCCUGAUGAAGUUGAUGCUUAUAGAGAGAUUCGUGCAGCAUCUGCAGCUGAGACCAAACGUUUGGCACAAUCACAAAGUGGUCUCCCGAACGGAGAGAUGAAAGUAAAGAGUGAGAUGUGA